UGGAAACUGGUCAGUGAACCGUCCUCAAACACAAUGAACUGAUGUCAAUAUGGACAUGAACCUUCACAUAAAGAUAUCAAAUACAUGACGUCAGAUAUAUCGACAGUCCAGCAGGCAUCAGCUUUGUAGCCAAGUGAUAAUAGUGUCCAGAAGGCAGCAGUAGAUGGAACAGGGAAGGCGCCAUUACGCUAGCACGCGGGCUACACGGCGUUUAAAGUUAGUAGCCCUCCGACGGAGGCCGGUUGAAGGCACAGCGGAUGGAGUAUUCGUCGGCAGACCAGUCGUGGUGGUGCGGCGGGGGGCCUUGUCGACAGAGAAUCCAAGCCAGAUGGCGAAAGAGGUAUUGUAGAAUUUAGAAUGCUAGCAGGGAGAUGCGCCUGGCUCACGGCUAACUGGUGCUACCUUCUUGGCAGUGGCGUUAUCCACUAUAGAUCCACUAUAGCCAAUCGGUAGCAGCGAUGAACCGGUGCCAAGGUCCAGAGUUUGCAGCAAGGAUCAGGUAGUACAGAGAGAUGAUGAUGAUCCCCAGAGGGAGGGGAGGGAGGUUGUUGAGGAAGAACCAGUGGCCCAGCUCAAGAAGGAGCCCAAGAAGACAGGAAAGGCAAUGGCAAGUGAUCUAUAAAGGAUUUUAAAAAACCUAUGACAAAGGAACAGCUUGCAAAAUUGUGCAAGACCAUUGUCAACUUCAUUGCACAGACCACCCUGCAGAUCCUGCUGCCGGCCCUGGCCCGCAUUCUAUGGGUGACGGGCUUUUAUGACAACGCUGACACACUCGAGGGGUGGAUCCUUCACUGCCUUUGAGCAGAAAAGACUGGAGCUCAUCCAGGAAGUUAAAUAUUUGGCGAAGUAACUGUGGCGGCAGGGUUCUCCGACCAAGGUCUAGCACACCCUCUUCCAAGAGGUACUGUAUGUUCCCCAUAAUGUGUGUGUGUGUGCAGUUAAUCCUAACCCUCAAACUGAUGAACAAUAAUUUCCCCAUUUCAAUAUUUUCCAGCUUUCUAACAGGUGUGUUUUGCAAUAUCUAAUGCACACAUAUAAAUUACAUUUAGAAUACUCAAUUAUAAUGCUUGUUAGAUUUGUUAGCACUAAGAUAUCGAUUUUCCAACUUCAGACAGCAAUUAACAUGCUUUGCUUGUUCAUUUUAAAGUUCCCAGACCUCACUGAAAGUCCACCUGGGAAUGCCAGAGGACAGUAUCAUCAGCAGUGUCCAGGAGCAACUGUCAAAAUCUGACCAAAUGGUGGCUGCAGGACAGCUUUCACAAAUAGAUAAAGUGGUUGGAACUAUGCUGGAGAACAUUGAGAAGAUAAGCAGCGAAUGUGGCGAGGAAUUGGUCUAUCAAGAGUCACUGCGGUCUUCCUCCUCGUUGUCAUUCUCAACUGCCAAAUCACAGAAGACAGAGUGGGAAUUUGCACUCCCAUUCCUUCUGAGUUACCCGAGAGUACUGCUCAGCCCAUUGUAAGAUGCUCAGUCAUUGACAUGAGCGAAUCUACUAAGCCAAAAACAAUGGUGUGUGAUGCCAGAACAAGCAUGUUUGCCAUAGCCGAUACCAUCAUGAAGAAGGUAUAUCCAGAGGCAGAAGGGCAGGUUACAUCUCACCCUGAUCUAACAGAUCCAAUAGCUAGACUGGAGGAGCUCAUAUCUCAGGGUAGGAUUGGUGCUCUCUCCCGUGAUCUCAGUCACCAAGUCAACCGCAUAAUUUCCGAUAGCAACUUGACCCCUCUGGGACUGACAGUGGCGGCUGGAAAGAGUGCAUCUGAUACCAUCCUUUCGAAGCUGAAGAGGAAUGACAAGGUGGGGAAGCCCACAACUUACGAGCUGGUUCAGCUGUUUGUAGAGGAGUCUGUUAAGUGCCUCCUGCUUCCUAGUUUUGUGCCCUAUUCAACUUCAAUGAGUUUGGCUCAGGGGGCCAAGGUGUUGGCUAGAGUGUCUGAAGAUAGAAUUUCAUGCUCUUCUUCUUCUUCAUCAGUAUUUAGUGACAGUCAGUCUCUUUACCAAAGUUAUGGUAAGCCAGGUCAUGUACUCUGUGGAUUCUGAUGCAGAAAGUAGAGGAUCCUCUCCAACUGAAUCUCUCCAAACAUCUGAACCCACUAUAUCUGAUGUAGGCAAUCUAUUGAGUGGCAAGUCCUCCCCUCGGCUGUCUCCUUCUGGCACCAUUAUGGCAACAAGCGAGACCUCCAAUGCAGCACAAAUCUUGAAGGCCAACAUUGAUGGAGAGGAAGUGGAUACCACCAGUCAUUCUGGUGUAGCUCAAAACAUUGUCAGGGACGAUAUGUCAACCAGCCCAGACAUGGUCAAAGAUGUCACACUUCCAACCCCAUCCUCUGAUAACUUGGGCAGUGAUGAUGACGUCACCUGCCUCAUCAGCAUGUUAGUAAUGAGAAUUCUAACAGAAAUCCAAACCCCAGCAGAAGAUUACCCAGUUGACGUCACACGCAAGUCACAAGACCUGAUCCCUAAAGUUAUGGAGGUCUUCUGUGCAUGGUCAGGCUGCUCUGAGACACAAGCCUAUCCAGAGAACUUGAGGAUUCAUAAAGUCUACAGAGUCGUCUAUAAAAAUCUGUUGGAGGAGUUUGGCUCGGAGAAAAUCCUCCAACAGGCCGUGUCGACUCAGGACUCUUCAUUUGAUAGGAUUCUUGUCAAGUCUUUGAGUGAAGCGCUUCUCCACAGAUGUAAUGAGGCAGUGAGGGCAGCCUCAAGAACAUCAGUCAAAACCACCGGGCCUAAGGCUCUUCCACUGGCUGAGGAUGUGAGGGCUAGCAGCGGGAAACUAUCUUUUCUACAAAGGCUGGUCAGGCUGACAAGCAACUUAAAGCUAUUCAAGAAGGGGAACAAGAAGGAUUCCCACCUCUCUGAAUCAGAACAAGUACGGACCACUGCUGAAUAUGGCAUGCUGCCCAGCAUAGUGCCACAUGCUGCCAUGUCUGCACUGCCAAACGAUCUCCCCGCCAGCUCCCGACAGGAGACGCCUCACAAACGUCCACUUCUCGUCAGGAUGUUUUCUGCCAUUUCCAAAGGCCUGUUCAAGCCCUUCAAACAGUCCUUAAAGACCAAGUAACUUCAGACAAUUUAUUAAACGUCAUUCAUUGC